AUGAAUUAUAAACCAAUAUCAAAUGAUUAGCAUUCCUUAGACAUCGGAGAGGAGGAUGGAGAAUUGGAUAUUGUAGUCAGGAGAUAGUAAAAGCCUAAGCCUAAUUAAAAAUCGCUUUUAAUAUGGAUUGUCAUAGUCACAUUUCUUGGUGCUAUUCUAAUAUAUGUUGGCUAGAGUGAUUGGACAACUAAUGGCAAAAAUAAAACAGAUAAAAAUAAAAAUUUUAAUUUCACAAAAGUGAAUAAAACAAGUAUUACAUGUUUUAAUUUAAAGUCAUUCCUGAUUAAAAGGAAGGAUAAGCAGAGACCAAAGAACAUUCAAAUUAAUUGAAUAAUACUGUUAAGGAUGUUCCAAUGAAGAAUGUUACAUAAGGCAAUUCGGAUAAAAUCAAUAAAACGUCUAGUGAUAUAAGUAGAGUAGAAGAUAAGCAGGAGAACUAGGAGGAAGAGAAAAAUAUUGAUUUUGAAGGUAAAAUGAAAUAACAACAAAUUAGAAUUAUAAAAAUAAACAGAUUAAUUAAAUAAAGAAAUAUCAGAAUAUUUCAAACACAAGAAUGAAACUGAGAAUUAAGAGACAAUAGAUGUAGUUUCUAAAGAUCCAAGAUAUAGUGAGGUUUUAUGUGAAAGCGGUUAUUAUAUGAAUAGAGAUGAGAAGAAAUGCAAAAAGUGUGAAGAUAGAUGUGCUGAGUGUAUGCAUAUCAUUGGAACCUGUUAUAAAUGUUAAAGUGAAGUAUCAAUUAUUGUUAUUAAGAGUUUUACUUAAACAAUUAUGGUAAAUGCAUCUAAAAAUGUGAAGGAAAACAUGAUUCAACUAAUCUAUUGUUGUCAGAUGAUAAUAAAAAUUAAAGCAUUCCUAUUUGUUUAGGCAAUCAACAUACAUCUUCACUCUAUAUGUCAGUUUAAAAGUCUAAAAAUACUCACUUUGUGUUGCCUUACUUGAUCAUCCAUCCAGCCACCAGUGUUUCAUUAAUGUAUCAUAACAAUUACCCUCUUGUUUAUUAUUUCAACAAAGACAUAUUCAAUUUUGAAGAUGGGAUGAAAUUGAAUGAAAUUAUCACUCAAGCCCAAGAAAAAUAAUUGAUCGUUAUUAUUAUUGGAGCACAUACUCUAUACGAUUUCUCUUUGUUUAACACUUUUUUAUUCUAAGAGGCCUUGCAAAAUAUAGAACUUUUGGUGAAAGCAAAAAGUUCAACUUUCAGAUCCUUUUUUGGUCAAGAUUACAAUGCAUACGGAGUCAUCAGAGAGUACUAAUCGCAAUACAAAAAUAAUUCAGUCGACUUAGUGAUAUCAGAUGACCCUGUAGAAAUCGAUCAGUAUGUUAUUAUUGAUUAAUAUUAUUAGCGAAUACUUGGAAUCCAAUUUAUUGGUUACUCAUGAACAACAUUACACUGACUACAAUUUCGAAUCUUUAUAAGGAGCUUAAUCAUAAAAAACUACUGUGAUUUUGUUAUUCCACACUAAAAAUGAAUAAGAUCAAAAGGAUUAUUGUUCAAGAUUUGUUUAUGUUUCUUUCUUGCAGUGUGCAGUAAGAGAUAUUCAAAUAGAUCACAUUUAAAGAAUGAGAUAAGGGUUUGAAUUAAUUUCGUAAUUUGUUGUAUAACCAGAUUUAUGA